UUCUUCAAACAACAAAACCUCCGUAGCUUACGAGCACCUCGGUAUCUUUCUAGCCAACAUAGCAGAUCUUUAAAUGCUUUCGUUGUAUUUUAGCCACUGUGUUUUAAACACACUUGUCGUAUCUAUUAGCUAGUUACACCAUUUCAUUAAAUAUCUACGUUGUUGUUAGCUAGCUAGCUGGGUAAAUUAGCAGUGCUAGUCUUGUCACAAAUGCUAACUAGCUAUCUAGCUAACAUCCCAGACCAUGAACUCACUAAACGACUCCCCCACUUCUAAAGAGGUGAUCUGCUGGACGGAGAAAGAAACUCUGGGGCUGAACAUUGUCGUGAAAGAGGAGAAGGAAGAAGAGGAUGUCACAGUAAAACAAGAAACAGAGGUUGAAGCUGUUACAGUGAAAGAAGAAGAGAAAGAGGUUAAAUUGACAGAAGAUGAAAACGCGUUCAGAGUGAAAGAGGAGGAAGAAGAGGAUGUUACAUUAAAAGAAGAGGAGGAUGAGAAGGAGGGGGAGAUGACUGCCACAGUGAAAGAAGAGGAAGACGUUUUUGGAAUGAAGGAAUUGGGGGAGAUUACUGUCACAUUGGAGGAGGAAGAAGAGGAGACAGGAGAUCUGAUUAACAACAGAGAGAGACCAGACUCUCACUCUGACAGCAGUAAGACUCCUUCAGAGGAACCAGACCCAGAGACGAGUCCUUCAGGGGAACCAGACCCAGAGACUCCCAAACCAGUGAGACGACUCAACUGCUCCAAGUGUAAUAAGAGUUUCAAGUUGUCAUGGAACCUAAAAGAGCAUGAGAGAAAACACACAGGAGGAAAACCUUUCCACUGCUCCCAGUGUGGAAAGAGAUUUUCACGAUCACAGAACCUAAAAAAACAUAGUAGAAUACACACAGGAGAAAAGCCUUACCACUGUUCCCAUUGUGGAAAGAAUUUUAGGUUGUUGGAUAAGCUGAAGGAGCAUGAGAGGACGCACACAGGGGAGAAACCUUACCCUUGCUCCGUGUGUGGAAAGAGUUUUACCCAAUUAGCUUACCAAAAAGAGCAUGAAAGGAAACACACCGAAGAAAAGCCUUUCCAAUGUUCCCAGUGUGGAAAGAGAUUUUCCCGAUCACAGAACCUAAAAAUGCAUCAGAGGACACACACAAGGGAGAAAACGUAUCUCUGUUCCCAGUGUGGAAAGUGUUUUACUCAUUUAUGGAGCCUGAACAAACAUAAUAGAACGCACACAGGAGAAAAACCUUACCACUGUUCCCAUUGUGGACAGAGUUUUAGGUUGUUAGGUAACCUAAAAGAGCAUGAAAGGAAACACACAGGAGAAAAGCCUUUCCAAUGUUCCCAUUGUGGGAAGAGAUUUACACGAGCACAGCAACUAAAAUCACACGAAAGGACACACACAGGGGAGAAACCAUACCACUGCUCCCAGUGUGGAAAAAGUUUUACGCAGUUAGCGAGCCUGAACACUCAUAAGAGAAUACAUACAGGAGAAACGCCUUACCCCUGUGCCCUAUGUGAAAAGAGAUUUUCACGACCACAGGAACUAAAAUCUCAUGAGAGGACACACACAGGGGAGAAACCAUACCACUGCUCCCAGUGUAAAAAGAGUUUUUCGCUGUUAGGGAGCCUGAACAAACACAAUAGAAUACACACCGGAGAAAAGCCUUACCACUGUGCCCAUUGCGGAAAGACAUUUUCACGAUCACAGGACCUAAAAUCACAUGAGAGGACACACACAGGAGAAAAGCCUUACCCAUGUCCCCAUUGUGGAAAGAGAUUUUCACGAUCACAGGAACUAAAAUCACAUGAGAGGACACACACCGGGGAGAAACCUUAUCAUUGCUCCCUGUGUGGAAAGGAUUUUUCCCAUUUAGGGAGCCUGAACAAACAUAAGAAGACAAUGCACUCUUGAGUGAAGCCUUACCCAUGUUCCCAUUCCCAGGCUGUGUUCUGAUGAGUCACAGUGUUCUGAUGAGUCACAGUGUUCUGACUGAUGUUUGACUGUUUUAUGCCACAUUAAACCAUAUUGUUUUUUUUGUUUUGAUUCUACACUUUGAUAUAUUGGAUACAUGUUAGAACCCUUAGAUGUUUAUGACACGAUUUAGAUAUUUUAAAAUGUAAAUUGGAUGAAUAUUAUAUAUGUAUUUCUUGAUUCUGACCUUGAAAACCUCGAGAAACGUUGUUGUUUUGGUUUCAUUGAGUUAAUUUGUGUUCUCGUCUCCAAGCUAAAGAUGUGAUGAUGUUGUGAACACGAAGAACAUUCACAACCUCUUGAAUGUUCCCAUCAGUGUUAUUCCACUAUGUUAGAGAGAGAACACAGGUGCUGAUUGUAAAACACAUUUGAUUAAUGCAACAUUGUAAUCUGAAUGAAAAGUAUUAAUGAAUAUGUUUUUAAUUCUGUUGGCCACUAGUGGACAUUCACUAUAAAACCAUAAGAUAUUAACAGUAAAUAUUACAAUAACAGAAGUUCCAAAAGAAUAAAGACAUUACAAAUGUCAUAUUUUGUCUGUAUACAGUUUUGUU